UUUCCAUUUUUUGUACAGUACGAUGCUUAUCCUCACCUAUUAUGUUGGCAAUAUAUAUGUAUAACUUAAGGCCGGACUUUUCCAAACCAAAUUUCGACGCCCACUAUUACUGCUCCUAGAAAAGACCAAGCCAAUUCUACAAACCAUCAUCAUUUUUUCAAUCAAAGUUCCUCGAGUUCUCACUCAAAUCAUCAUCGAUGCCAACGGUUUCCUCAGAACAAUCUUUUUCGUGGGUUGAUAGAUCUAUCUUCGAUCAAAACCCGUCACCUUUUAAUGAAAACGAUACAGAAGAAAUGUUAUUGUUUAAUGUUUUAGCCGAAGCCGAUCAUAUUCAGCAAGAAAUAGUGGAAGAAGAAGAUAGUAUAGUUUCAUGUAAGUUAGAUGAAGAGAUUAAAACAAAGGAAAAGGCUUAUAGAGGUGUUAGAAGAAGACCGUGGGGAAAAUUCGCAGCGGAAAUAAGAGAUUCUACUAGAAAUGGAGUUAGAGUUUGGCUUGGAACAUUCGAUAGUGCCGAAGCAGCUGCUUUAGCUUAUGAUCAAGCUCCAUUUCCUAUGAGAGGAUCCAUGGCUGUCCUUAAUUUCUCUGCUGAACGUGUAAGUCAUUCAUUGAAAGAUAUCAAACAUGGUUUCGAAGAUGGGUCUUCACCGGUUUUAGCUCUUAAAAAGUGUCACACUUUGAAGAAAAAAAAGAGCACUAGUAAGAAAAACAAAACAAGAGAAGUAAUUAGAUCAAGAUCAUUACCAUCUUCUUCAUCGGCAUCAUCAUCAUCGUUCAUAGAUCACGACUUGCUUGAGUUUGAGGAUUUAGGAACUGAAUUUCUGGAGGAACUCUUAAGUUCUUAUCAAAGUUGCAGUACAAGUAGUUCUAGUAAUUCAUCAUCUUGAAUUCCCUCAUUAAUCUUACCCUAGCUAGUUAAUUAGCUUAUUUUUCUUAAUUAUUCCACCCUUCUUACUUAUAUUUUUCAUUUUCCUUUUUGUUAUUGUUGAAUCUUAUUGUGUGACGAGAAAGGAAGAGCCUUGGGUGAAAUAAGGAUUUUCUAAAGGGGUUUUGUGGAUGUAUGUUUCCCAUAAAAAAUGGAUUUAGAGAGAAUUAUUGGUGAUUAUAUUUAUAGUUGUAAAUUAUAUACUACAAGUUGAAAGAUAAAUAUGUUUUUAUUAUUAUUGUAGUGGAAAACUCCAUUAUUAGUUCCAAAUAAU